GCGUGUGCAGAGGUUAAAGUUGACGCUUCCGGCCGGUGUCUCUCUUCGUCGCUCCGCUUCGCGCAGACAGUCCUUCACUCAGCAAAGCCAUGUCCAACGUCGCCGAUACCAAACUAUACGAUAUUCUCGGGGUCUCACCCUCGGCCUCCGAGAACGAACUGAAAAAGGCUUAUCGGAAAUUGGCAAAGGAAUAUCACCCUGACAAAAAUCCAAAUGCUGGGGACAAGUUCAAAGAGAUUAGCUUUGCAUAUGAAGUACUAACUACACCAGAGAAGAAAGAAUUGUACGACCGUUAUGGAGAACAGGGUCUGCGAGAAGGUGGCUGUGGAGGAAGUGGGAUGGAUGACAUAUUUUCCCAUAUUUUUGGCGGUGGUCUGUUUGGCUUCAUGGGUGGACAGGGUCGGAGCAGGAACGGAGGGCGGCGGCGAGGAGAAGAUAUGGUCCACCCCCUGAAGGUGUCACUUGAAGAUUUGUACAAUGGAAAAACAACCAAAUUACAGCUGAGCAAGAAUGUUCUUUGUAGCACUUGUAAUGGUCAAGGUGGGAAGUCUGGUGCGGUCCAGAAGUGCACAGCCUGCAGAGGGCGUGGUAUGCGCAUAAUGAUCAGACAGCUGGCUCCUGGCAUGGUGCAACAGAUGCAGUCAGUGUGCACUGACUGUAAUGGUGAAGGUGAGGUGAUCAGUGAGAAAGACCGCUGCAAAAAGUGUGAGGGGAAGAAGGUGAUUAAAGAAGUGAAAAUUCUGGAGGUGCAUGUGGAUAAAGGUAUGAAGCACGGACAGAAGAUCACCUUCGGCGGUGAGGCUGACCAGGCACCUGGAGUAGAACCUGGAGACAUUGUCCUGGUCCUGCAGGAAAAGGAGCACGAGACGUACAGAAGAGAGGGCAACGACUUGCACAUGACCCAUAAGAUCGGCCUUGUUGAAGCACUUUGUGGGUUCCAUUUCACAUUGAAACACUUAGAUGCUAGACAGAUUGUGGUGAAAUACCCAGCUGGCAAAGUCAUUGAGCCAGGUUCAAUUAGAGUUGUUAGAGGAGAGGGCAUGCCACAGUACCGUAACCCUUUUGAGAAGGGUGACCUGUUCAUCAAGUUUGAUGUUCAGUUCCCAGACAACAAUUGGUUAAGCCCCGAGAAGCUGACGGAGUUAGAGGACUUGCUGCCUACACGGGCUGAAGCGCCAGUCAUCUCUGGAGAUGCAGAGGAAGUGGACCUGCAGGAGUUUGACAUGAGCCAGAGCUCCUCUGGUGGUCACCGCCGUGAAGCAUACAACGAUAGCUCAGAUGAAGAAGGAGGACAUCAUGGGCCUGGCGUGCAGUGUGCCCAUCAGUAAACCUGACCACAGCAAAUACCUUGUCCAGCUCCAACAGUGGGGAUUAAAAAAUGUUCUAGUUGCACAAUAAACAGGUGUGUUUAUAAUCCGAUUCGGGGCUGCCUUAAAUGAGAAUUUCGUACAGCCAUUCCUGACCACCUGAUUCCCUUGUAGUAAACGCACAGAUGAUCCUGCAUAUAGUAACCCUUUCUUGCCCCCCCCCCCCUCUCUCUCCCUGCGGCCCUCUAGAGGCAACCCCACUUCAGAGAGAAAAGGGUAAAUGUUGUUGUCAUAGUAUUCACAAGUUUAAAUCUAACCAUAAAAUGCAGUUUUGGCCCUGGACUUGAGACUUGUUGGAGAGCAGUGACCUAACGGAAGAGGAGUUGAGAGAUCCCAAAAGAAAGAAUAAGAAAUGCCUCCAUGGGACUUAAUCACCAAUCAAUUUUUUAGGCUUAUUUGCAUCUGUGCGCAAUUUUUACCACUUUAUUUUAUUUGUAGAUUUUUUUUUUUCUUUUUCUUUUCCUUUCUUUGAUAUUUUAAGAAUUGGAACAAGAGACUAUAAAAUGUAUAAAAUAAGUGAUUGUCAUUUAAGCUUUGUAUUGGCUGCGUUCACAAUUGAGUGUUUUAUGUUUUGAAAUAGCUGAAACAAAAUCAGUUGCCUAUUGUCAGCUAUCCAGGUGCAUGUUGAACAUUUUGGUCCCUUCACUGAUUGAAAUGUCUGUCAAAAGAAAGAGACAUCGUACACAAUGAAAUGAGUGGAGGAAAAAGCACCUUUAGGCUUAUAUCUUCUGUGAAAGUUUGAGUUGUUGAAUAAAAUGUCUUUCAAUAUCUCCUCAAAA